CUAACAUUUCUUAUAAAUUAACAUAUAUUUGUGUGUGUGUGUGUUUUUGUGUUUAAAUCCAUACGGCGAUGACUGCACGGUAAUCAAAAGCGAAUGUGUUGGACACGUCGAAAAGCGAAUAGGCACCCGACUGCGAAAUAUUAAGAAGAAAGAAAAACUAGGAGGAAGAGGGAAGCUAACUGACGGUAUCAUUGUUAAAUUAACAAAAAAUUAUGGUUUAGCAAUUAGACAAAACAUUGAUUCAGUCUUGAAUAUGAGGACAGCUAUAAUGGCAUCGCUGUAUCAUUAUUGCUCGACAGAUGAUCACCCCAGACAUGAAUGUUGCCCGAUAGGUGCGGAUAGUUGGUGUUCGUGGCGUAAAGCGGAAGCACGUGGACAGCUGGACAAUUACACUCAUCCAAAACAACUUAUUUCUUCUGAAAUUGAAAAACACCUUCUUCCCGUUUAUCAGAAUCUGUCAAGGGACGAUCUUCUACAGAGAUGCUUAGGCGGAUACACGCAAAAUCCCAAUGAAAGUUUCAAUUCAACGAUCUGGCGUUUGGCUCCCAAACAUCUGCAUUGUGGCUCUAAAGUACUGAAAAUCGCUUCUUUUUUGGCUGCAGGGGUUUUCAAUGAAGGUUAUUCGUCACUUUUAAGAACGAUGCAAUCGUUGGAAAUAACUAUUGGCUGCCAAUGCAAAUCUUUCUACGACAAUUACGACGACCAGCGAAAGACGAGACAGAAUCUUCGUGCACAAGAAAACACGAAGGAGGCACGACGGCUCUCCAACACUCAACAAAAUGAAUUUUACGAGCAAGAGGAAGGCCUCCUGUAUUCGUGUGGGAUGGCAGAUUAGCUUGGAAAAGCUGUAAGUUUGUCAUUAAUGUUAAAAUUUUAUACAAAAAUCUUUAAAUGCGUUUUUCUCGAAACAGCUUUUUCGUAAUUGGCGGACACGAUAAAAAAGUUUCUAAUCAGCCAAUCGACUUCUAGUUUUCGCUAUUUUGUUCGUAACUAAAAAUUGUUCUAUGUGAACUAAAAACGUUUUAAAAAAAUUAAUAAUAAACAAUUGUUUUUGCAUAAACAAUCCUAAAUUUUUACAUCAACUUUUGAAAUUUUUUUUUAGAUGCUCUUAAUAUGACAAAAUUCAUACUUUUUUCAUAAUUUUGUUAGUUCACAGAGUAUAAAAAUACAUUUAAAAAAUUAAUUUUCGUCGGAUUUUGUUUCAGAUCGAAAAAUAAAGACGGCAGCGUGUCCGCCAAUUAGACGCAACUGCGCGGAGCGUUGGCAUUCGACGAUAGACUCACGUGUUUACAAUCAGACUUUUUUAAUAAAAAAAUAAUUUUUGUAGAGUAAAAACAUACCACAAUAAACUGUAAAAAG